AUGGCAGGGGUCGAACAUAAGGUGGCAAUGUUCGCAGACGAUGUACUAGUUUACAUGGAGGAUCCUGAGAAGUCAUUUAAUGAGCUGAUGAUUAUGUUGAAAGAAUUUGGGAAUUUAUCUGGUUACAGGCUUAAUAUUGCCAAAACACAGGUGAUGGCCAUAAACUUCACUGCUUCAGUGCUGCUCCUGCACCUGGCCCUGGCUGAUCUGGUUAUAGUCCUGGUCUUGCCGGGUUUGGUGGUGAUGGAUUUGGGGGCAUGGUCAGAUGGGGGGGCAGGGUGUAAGGUGCUGAGGGGUGGGUACAGCGUGAGCCUUUACAGCGCCGCCCUGCUGCUAGCGGCGGUGAGUGCAGACCGUUACGCAGCAGUCGUGCACGCUCGCAGACGGCUCCGUGUACGCUCGCAGAUGCCUCGCCUUCUCCUCUGCGCCUUCGUGUGGUUUUUUGCAAUACUGCUCAGUCUGCCCAACUUCAUCUUCUACGAGCGCUACCUGCCCCAGCACCACAUGUGGAUGGGGCAUCAGGACCUGGAGUCAGGGGGUGGGUUUAACCUCACUAUGGUUCUGACUCUGGACAUAAACCAGGAUGAGGACACUGACUAUAACAUGACCGGGGAUCAGCCCACUCCUUCCUCCCUCCGUGACUCCUCCUCUUAUGAUCCCGCCCCUCUGGUGUGCGCCCUGCGCUUUCCUAACAGCGAAAUGGCACGCUUGGUAAAAAUUAUGUUGCCGGUGAUGCAGAUAGCGGUGGGGUUUGUGAUUCCGCUCCUCGUUAUGUGCUUUUGUUAUGGCUCCAUUGUGGUGACGCUUCUGAGGGGGCGGCACCUGAGUGGCAAGGGGCGGGGCUUCAGGAGAGAGCGCGCCGUCCGCCUGGUUCUGUUGGUGGCGCUGGUGUUCGUCUUAUGCCACGCCCCCUUUAACGUCGUGCUGCUGUGGCACACACUGCUGCAGUUCCAAACCAGAGACUGUGAGUUUGUGGACCGCCUGGAGAUGGCCCUGGCGCUCACCCAGACCAUGGCUCUUCUUCACUGUGUGCUGAACCCACUGCUGUACGGCUUUAACAGCGCCCCAUUCAGGACACGCUUCUACAGUGUCCUGCACAAACUCCGCCCACAGAGACGUCUGUCCUCCACCAGCCAUUCUGAGCGCAGCACGCACUACACGCUCUGACCAGUCACACAGCACCAGCAGAGAAUCUCCAUCACCUCCGCCCCCUACACCCUCUGACAUCAUCACGUCACUUCCUGCUCCCUCUGAUAUGAUGAC